AUGUCCGACAACAAAUCCACCUCCUCCGGUUCCGGUUCCACAAUUGACAUCGGCCGCGGCAACGGCGGUGGCGCCUCUUUUUCUUCUUCUUCUUCUUCUUCUUCUUCCGACGGCGGUUCUUCUUCCUCUAGCUCCACAAUCGAUAUCGGCCAUGGUAACGGCGGUGGUGGCUCCUCCUCGUCUGGUACCUCUGGUUUCGGUUCCGGCUCAGGCUCGGGAAAUGCCCAUUAUUACGAGACGAUUGAGACUACGACCGAGAUUAUUGAGACGUAUACUGAGACGGAAUGGAGCGGGAGUGGUGGGUCGAGUAGGAGUAAGCGUUAG